AUGGCCAACUCUGAGGAUAGGAGUGUCCCUCCAAACCCUGAAUCCCCUCCUCCUUCUCCUGCUCCCAAAUCUCCCCCUCCCUCUGCCCCUACUCCUCCCUGUGUCCCUGCUCCUGCUCCUCCUUCUGCUCCUGCCCCUGCUUCUGCUCCUGCUCCUGCUCCACCGACUGCUGGCACUGGAAUUGCUACCGAUUCCAGUAUCAAUGUUGGUAGCUUAGGAAUCCCCUCCACUGCAAGUUCCGAUGUCAUUUUCAAAUUUGGCACCCAUACUAUUGCAAACCCUUCUGGAAGGCCUGUUUUAAGGGUUUAUGGAAGGAGCGUCCCCAUCCACUCAGUCAAUGUUCCUCCUAACAAAAGAGAAACCAUGCUGAAGGCGGGGGAAGGAACUUCUGCAGAUCGAACAGUGAAGCCCAUUGUUGAACAAACACCAAAAUCCGAACCAACACCAACUCUGGAACUCAGGCUGAAUGCGGGGGGAGCAACAUCUGAGGACCAGAUGGUGAAACCCCUUGUUGAACCGGCACCAAGAUCCGAACCAACACCAACUCUGGAGCUCACGUUGAAUGCAGGGGGAGGCACAUCUUCGAACCAGAUGAUGAAGCCCGUUGUUGAACUGGCACAAGAACCCGAACCAACACCAAAUCUGGAACUCUUGCUGAAUGCGGGGGAAGGAACAUCUGAGGACCGGAUGGUGAAGACGGUUGUUGAAUCGGCACCAGAACCUGAACUAACACCAACUCUGGAACUCAUGCUGAAUGUGGACGGAGGAAUAUUGGACGACCAGAUGUUGAAGCCCAUUGUUGAACCGGCACCAGAACUGGAACGAACACCAACACUGGAACCUCCACAGUUACCUGUGGUAAUGAGAACAUGCUAUGUAUGUAGAAAUGUGUUUGAUUCGCUGAUAAACUUGUUUAGACACAUGCAAACACAUCCGGAAGCCUGGUAUCCUCCUUUGAUUUCUGAUGUUGUUGGUCGUGGUGGUGACCCUGUACCACCACCACCACCACUACCACCACCAUCACCUGAAAGGCCCAACCAUCUCCCUGAUCUCAACGUGAAUGCUGCUGCUGCUCCCGCGGAACGGGUGUAUCGAGUGCCGAAUUUAAAUUUCCCACCUCCAGAAGAGGAAGAGGAGGAGGUGAAUGAGGAGUAA